AGCCCGACGUUAAAAUCGACCCUCCUACUCUCUCUGCUCCCUCUCAUUAAGCUCCAUGGCUCCUGUUCAAUCGCUGCGGUUCUCUUUGUCGGAAGGUCACCAAUCCUUGAACUAACUUCAUUCCAGAGAGAAAAAUAGUCAUAAGCUUCUCCAGGAACCUCAAAGCCUUGCAUUUGUUGAUUCAAAAACCUUGAGAACUUGGAAUAGAAUUGUUAUUUGGGCUCACUGAAUGUUUUCAAAACUAGCCGGAGCUUAUCUUUAAUCAUGGAUAAGGAUAUAUGGGUUUAGUAGUUGAGGUUUUAAAUGCAUUAUUCUGCAUCAACUCUGUCCCCACUUAAAGUUUCACUAAAUGCUGAAAGUUUUGAAGUUCCUUUAAAUGUGACUUUACAGUGAUCGUAGGCACUUGCAGAAUUUGAUCUCCCUUUCCCAAUGAUAUAGUUGGUCAUGUCUGAUUAGAUUUUAAGCUUAAGGCUGAUGAUCUUUCAUGUUGCAAGAAUAGGGAAAUGCUUCAAUCAAUUCCAGAGAAUCUUCACUCUACCCUCUGUUGUUGUUAACAGUUUCUGCCAUUCAGAAACCAUCUGCACCAUGGGGGAAGUCAAAGUAUCUCAUGGUUCUAAUUUGUCUGCUGAUAUAACUGAUGGAGAACCUCAUAUUCAGCAACUUGUAUUGGGAAGCUGGGACCAGAGUGGUUCAUUGUCAAGUGUUUACUCUACCCCAGAAAUUGAAAAGAAGUAUGUUCAUCAUGUUUAUGAUGCAAUCGCACGUCAUUUCAGUUCCACCCGUUUUGCUAAAUGGCCAAAAGUUGCCACUUUUUUGAAAUCUUUGCCUGUAGGAUCUCUCGUGUUAGAUGCAGGAUGUGGAAAUGGGAAGUAUUUGGGCUUAAAUCCCAGUUGCUUCUUUAUAGGAUGUGAUAUCAGUCCCCAACUUGUUAAUAUUUGUGCUGAUAGAGAGCAUGAAGUAUUAGUUGCAGAUGCUGUAAAUCUUCCUUACCGGACUGGUUUUGGUGAUGCUGCUAUUUCUAUUGCUGUGUUGCAUCAUCUAAGUACAGAGAAUAGGAGGAAGAAAGCAAUACAUGAAUUAGUUCGUGUUGUUAAAAAGGGCGGUCUUGUUCUAAUAACAGUUUGGGCAGUGGAGCAGGAGGAUAGGUCAUUGGUAAAUAAAUGGACGCCUCUUACUGAAACGUAUGUAGAGGAGUGGAUAGGACCAAGCAGUCCGCGGGUACGUGGACCGUCAUCCAGCACUCUAGAAAGCAUCCCAGAAGCUGAGGAGAACAAUUCUGGAGAUUGCUUCAAUGACCCCAAAGUGAUUCCCGUUGAGAAAUUGCAGGAAACUAUGGUCUCCAGUAGUAAAGAUGAUUCUGCAGGUUGCAAAAAUGGAAAACAUGUCGAGUGUCAACAGGAGUAUUUUGUCCCUUGGCAUUUACCUUAUCAUCGUGCUGAAGUCAGUGGUGCUUCUGCUACUGCUCUGGCAAAUGGCCUGGCAAAGAAAGAUGAUAAGAAGGGUGCUGUAGUGUACAAUAGGUAUUACCAUGUUUUUAGUGAAGGCGAGCUUGAGAGGUUAUUGUCUGGCAUGGAAAAUGCGGUCAUUGUUGAUCGGUUUUAUGACAAAUCUAACUGGUGUGUUGUUCUUGAGAAAACUUUAUGAUAAAGCUGACCUAGACCAGUCCAAGCCAGGCUUCUCAAAGGAGGACAAUUGUUCUUUUCUUGAUGGACCCAAACCUUGCAAAUCCCUUAUUCAAAGAGUAUGUUCCAUAUGCUGGAGUACCGCUGGAUAGAGAAAAUUACAUAAUAUUCUGAAAUUUUUAUCAGCACUUCUUCCAAAGGAAUUUUAAUCAAUUUUGGGGAGUAAUUUUCUAUUCAAUCUGUGAUGGCAGAGUACUGCUCUGAAGUGAAAACAAAGUUCUGGACAAAUAGAGGUAAAGGAGAUAGUUACCCUUACCCUUGGGGGAGAUUUUGGAUUUGAAUUUGUGUGGAUUUGAAUAAAAUAUAAUAUAGAGUUGUAUUAAAUUUUGUUCAAAUUCUUUCAAAUUUGAAUUUAACGUCUGAAUCCAAGUCAUCAACUGAGAUUAAAUCUUAUCUUUUCUACCUCCUGGAAAAUGUGCUUACGGACUUUUUAGGUGAGGGAUGGGGAGAGUGUGGUCGAUAUUGAUUGCUUAUCGACAAUUCCUGCUGUGUUGUUUUUAUGUAUCAUUGACAAUAUUAUUUCAAAGACGGUUUAACGUAUUUGUUCUUUGUAGGUAUAAUGGAUGGGGCACAUUUUUAUGUAUUGGUUUUGGUGUAACUUUUGGUCCAUUGCUGGAGAGCUUCACUCAAAAGCUCCGUCUCAUAUGAUGAACGCGAUUUAAUAUUUUCAACUGAGAGGAUAUUGGAACUUUAUUCUUUGUAAAGGAAAUUGCCAUUGACCCUUCUACCAAAGGGUAGGUUCCCCAUGUAUUUUCUCGAGCUAGGUCUCUGCAGAAAAAUGAUGAGAAAAUUUCGAUUGCUGGCGCGGGGGAUGAAUUGUGUGAAAGUUAAAUCGAUAAAUAAAAAUUUAUAUUUAUAUUUA